GUUGAUGAUGAUAAUGAUGAUGACAACGAUAUGUUAGAAAAUAUUAUUAUUAUUUAUAAUCAGAAGGAAAUGAGGAAAAAAUUAGAACGUACAACAAUUAGUGUUCAUAAUUAUCCACCAGUAACAAAUAUUACACCAAACAGUCUCCCAGCAUUUGACAAUUUACAAUCUCAGCAAUCUACAAUACAACCUAUACAGCCUACAGUACAACCUACUUCAAUAUCGUAUCAAUCAUUACUUGAUUUCACAUUAUUACCAUUUAAGUCAAAACUAAGUUUAGGGCCACGUACAACUAUACCAUAUAAUACUUUUACUUUUACUACGAUUUCGAUUCCUUCAAUAAUAUCUAAUGAUCAACAAAAUUGGAAAAGUAUUGAUAAUACCGAUAUCUCAAAUUCGCAGUUACCGAUUGAACCAAAACCACCGGUAGCAAUACCAAUACCUCAAAAUAUUGUUGAAACUUCAAUAAAUCAAGAUAAUGGAUUUUUACCACAUUUUGCAACAUUUGAAGAAAUAAAUACAAAUAAUGAAAAUAUUUGGUCUUCUGAGAGAUUAAAACAAAGCAGUAAUGAUAAUAGUGAUAAGAGGUUUAAUCAGCAACAAUCAAUUUUGAUCUCGGGGAAGGAAUCAGAAUUACCUCAAUUACAAUCGAAAGAACGUGAACCCAUAGAUGAUAUAUUAGGUUGUACGUGGGAUUUUGUUGCGAAUAAAUGUACUGAUUUAUUUGCAUUAAAACUUUGUUCACACUGUCAUGAUUUUGGUAAUGUAUUUUUACAUGAUUGUAAAUGUUUAGUAAAAUAUACCAAAUCAAUUUGA